AUCUCAGCCUGUUUCAAUGCCACCGGCUAUCCAGAAGCUUAACGAAUGGGCUACCUCAGGGAUCGAGAUUCAAGACCACGCCAGAUGCUACCUACAGAAAUUCAACACCAUUGGAGAUGACGAUGAGCCAGGAGGUCUUUCAAGAACAUUGGUGCAGGUCCAAAAUAACAGCGAUAUAAAAAGGAAGAGGGUGCAAGGCAAACGCUGUUGUGGCUCACUCAGAUUAACCAAUUGUGAAUUCCCAUUUCAGCAACAAAUGGAAACCACCCGUUUCCCAUUGCCAACACAAACACAGAGAGAAAAGGAAAAGUUAGAAAAGGCAUGCAAGGGAAUCAAACCUUGUUACUUCCAAGAAUGGCCAAUAAAUGGGAUAAAGCGUUACGCGGCGCUAAUCAAUAUUAUACGUCAGACAGAUCGGAAUAUGUUCCUCAGCACAAAAAUGGAUAGACGUUUCACGCGCUUGCCUACAAUUCAAGAAUGAGACGAUGAUGAUCCGGAUGAACACAACGAAGACCGACCUCAGUUCCAUAGGCAAGAUAGUUAAAUUUGGCAAAUGAAACCCAGAGAAUAAGUUGGAUGGCAAUUGUACCGCAACAGUUUAGAAUAAUAGCUUAACAUUACCGUUCAUCUUUCCUACAAAAUAAAAGCAAUAAAUC